ACGCAUGAAGUCUGGGGGUCUAUUUCUCCACCCUGCUCAGCACAGAGACCUUGCAGUGUUGCACGGUGAGGAGACACUGAGGAGCGUCUAGUUUAUUCUCUGCAGGAUGUUUUGAGCGUCUGGUGUCGUCUGGAGGGUUUUUCUUCUUCUCCAUUGCGCACACAACAAGGGAGAGAGAGAGGGGAGCCGCUGCUGCUGGAGAAGAAGAAGGACUUUUAGUGGGUUUGGUUUGGAUAUCAGGACAUAUUCGUCGUUAAAAUGACGAUGUCCGUCCCGGAGAGGAAAUCAGGAUCUGAGGGUAAAGAGGAGGAGAGUGAGGAUGAGAGUGAGAUCCUGGAGGAGAGCCCGUGUGGACGCUGGCAGAAACGCAAAGAGCAGGUGAGCCAAGGUAAUGUUCCAGGUGUGGAGAGUGCCUCCCUGGCCAUGGACACAGAGGAGGGCGUGGAGGUGGUGUGGAACGAGGUGCUCUUCUCUGACAAGAAGGUCUUCAAAGCACAGGAGGAGAAGAUCAAGGAGAUGUUUGAGAACCUGAUGCAGGUCGAACACCCCAACAUCGUCAAGUUCCACAAGUACUGGCUGGACAUGAAGGAGAGCCAGGCGAGGGUUAUAUUCAUCACAGAGUACAUGUCGUCGGGCAGCCUCAAGCAGUUUCUGAAGAAAACAAAGAAGAACCAUAAGACUAUGAAUGUGAAGGCCUGGAAGAGAUGGUGCACCCAGAUUCUCUCUGCCCUCAGUUAUCUGCACUCUUGUGACCCACCAAUAAUCCAUGGCAACCUGACGUGCGACACCAUCUUCAUUCAGCACAACGGCCUCAUCAAGAUCGGCUCAGUGUGGCAUCGGCUAUUUGUUAAUGUGUUUCCAGAUGCCAGCGUUCACAGUAAAGCGAGGCAACAUCGCGACGAGCAGAGAAAUCUUCACUUUUUUGCUCCAGAAUAUGGAUCUGCCGCAGAUGAUUACGCCAUAGACAUUUUCUCCUUUGGCAUCUGUGCUCUAGAGAUGGCAGUACUAGAGAUCCAGGCCAACGGAGACACUGCUGUGUCCAAGGAGGCCGUCAUCAAUGCAGGUCAAUCUCUGGAAGACCCUCUCAUGAGAGAGUUCACUCAGUCCUGUUUACGUCACGAAGCGAAGAUCCGUCCUACGGCUCACGACCUUCUGUUCCACCGAGUCUUGUUCGAGGUCCACUCCCUCAAACUGCUCGCCGCCCACUGCCUCAUCAACAACCAGUACUUGCUUCCAGAAAACUGUGUUGAGGAGAAAACCAAGUCCUUUGACCCCAAUGCUGUCAUGGCGGAGAUUAAACAUGAGGACAGAGAGGGAGUUCAGCUCAAAUAUUCCCAUGUGUCCCCUUUGGAACUUGACAAGUUUCUGGAGGAUGUCAAGAACGGGAUCUACCCGUUGAUGAACUUCGCCUCGUCUCGGCCUCACCCCGUCCCUCGCGCCCUCUCCUUAUCUCAGGAGCAGGUUGAAACGGUCAAGACGCCGACUCCUGAACCCCAGGAGACAGAAACUAGGAAGGUUGUUCAGAUGCACUGUAAUUUGGAGACAAAUGAAGACGGGACCAAAACGCAUGUGAGUCACAAAGUAUUACAGCUCUCUUUGUUUCUGAAGAUGGAUGACAAACUUCACAGGCAGCUUAGCUGUGACAUCCUACCAACUGACUCCUCCAAAGACCUUGCCAGUGAACUUGUUCACUACGCCUUCAUCACUGAGGAGGACAGCGAGAAGGUAGCAGGGUUCCUGGAGGACGCCGUGUGCCGACACCGGGUCCGAGCGCUCGCCUCUGGGGCCACACAAUGAGGAGGGGUCACGACGGCGGCUGGCCCGGACAGAGGGGCCGGGGCGUUGACCACACGGAUCAAGAAAGGGAGAGGGCAGCGGACGGGAACGGAGGGACCUGACCCAGCUGGGGAUAAUAAAGGGGACAAAUACAGAAUGACGCUGGGCCUUGACAGUCAGUAAAUCAUCCCAGAGAGAAAGAGGGAACGCCAGCGCUGAGGAAGGCACCUCUUGUUGGAGGGCCGGAGGCAUCAUGGCUGUGUUCAGCAAUCCCACAACGCAGCGGAAGAUUGACAAACUCCCUGCCUAAAAGGGCUAUCACGCCUUAAGAUAUCUUGACAGUUUUCCAUAACGCCACUAUUCAGAACGGAUAUUUACAAAUGCAGCAGCUGUGUUUUCAGAAGGACGUUUUAUUGCUCAUAAGCCUCGUUUGCACUCCAGUGUCCACUACGAUUGGUGAUCAUUUACUUUGAAUUGUAAACAAAGUAAUUUACUAAAGCCUCUCUCUCCCUUACAACCCUCACUUUAUGACAGUUUUAGGAAUUUAAUAUUCCGUCCUACAUGCACUGUUAAUACUCAUUCAGUUGACUUAUUUAUUUAUGUUUAACUGUGAACAAAAGAAGCUUUGCACAAGCCUGUUUCUGCUUUAUUUUGUAUGACGUGCAGAGUUAACACAUCUCACUGCACUUUUGGGUUAAAGGCAGAGCUAAUCACACCAUGCCUAAAUGUAGAGACGAGCGAUGAGACGAUGCCUCUCUUUUAUCCUGUAGUGCUCUUAAGGGGUUUUCCCUGUGAAAGUGUUCUGAAAGCCAAAGACUUGCAAAGUGCCUGAUAUGGCAAUGUACUUUGGACAAAAUUUCCUAAUGAAACGGCGUCGUACUCAAAUUAGCAAUUUGGAAUUUAACUAAUUCAGGCUGACUUUUAGUUUUAAAAUGCUUUAAUUCUUACUAGAUCCCGUCUGCUAUCAUGAGCCCACAUAGUCAGCCUGUGUGAAUGUGAAGACGAGCUUGACACCCAGCAUUUGUAUAUUGGACAUCUGGUGACAAUGCUCUGUGCUGCAGAUAAUGUUAGUUUGGAAAGAGCUGCAGCUCGUAUACAAAAAUUUGGAAGCUGGAAGCUUGUGAAGUAAAAUCAUAGUAAUCUAUAAAUGGGAGGAAGGGUGUUGGUGAUUUGUUCUUAAGACUUAUUAAUAAAAAAUUGCCAUGUUGUUAAUAAAUA